UCAUUUACAGACAAGAUGGAUCAAAGUGAUCCUUAUUACAGAACAAACAGCACAUCCCUUUGGAGGAAUGGCAGCUUGGGAGUUUUUUCAUAUUCGAUCCGCGAAGAGGACGACGAAGAAGCGCUCAAGUGGGCUGCGCUUGAGAAGCUUCCGACCUACAACCGUCUUACAAGAGGCCUUCUCAAAGGAUCCACCGGCGUCGCCAGCGAAGUGGAUGUAAGAAACCUCGGACAUCAAGAAAGAAAAGAGUUGCUCGAAAGGCUCAUCAAUGUCUCGAAUCAAGAUAACGAGAAGUUCUUGUUGAAGCUCCGGCGCCGUAUCGACAGAGUUGGGAUUGACAUACCGACUAUAGAAGUGAGGUUCGAGCAUCUAACCGUGGAAGCGGAAACCUACAUCGGGAGCCGGUCGUUGCCUACGUUUGUAAACUUCACGAUGAACAUUGUCGAGGGAUUAUUGAACUGUCUCCACAUCCUCCCAAGCAAGAAGAAACAUAUUUCUGUCCUGCAAGAUGUUAGUGGAAUCAUCAAACCAUGCAGAAUGACAUUGCUGUUAGGUCCUCCCGGUUCGGGGAAGACGACGCUGCUGUUGGCUUUGGCCGGAAAGUUAGCUUCCGAUCUCAAGGUUUCUGGAAGAGUGACUUACAACGGGCACGAAAUGAACGAGUUCGUGCCCCAAACAACGGCUGCCUACAUUAGCCAACACGAUCUUCAUAUCGGUGAAAUGACUGUUAGAGAAACGCUGGAAUUCUCGGCACGAUGCCAGGGGAUUGGACAUCGCUAUGAGAUGUUGUCGGAGUUGUCGAGAAGAGAAAAGGAUGCCAAUAUUAAGCCCGAUCCCGACAUUGACAUCUUCAUGAAGGCUGUUGCAACCGAAGGGCAGGAAGCGAAGAUAGUAACAGAGUAUGUGCUGAAGAUACUCGGGCUGGAUAUAUGCGCGGACACUCUAGUCGGAGACGAGGUGAGAAGAGGAAUAUCGGGAGGACAAAGAAAGCGUCUCACCACAGGCGAAAUGCUGGUCGGGCCGACGAAUGCUCUGUUCAUGGACGAGAUAUCAACCGGUCUUGACAGCUCGACGACAUAUGAAAUCGUGAACUCGUUAAGACAAGCCAUCCACAUCCUCAACGGGACUGCCCUAAUAUCGCUCCUCCAGCCGGCGCCCGAGACAUACGAGCUUUUCGACGACAUCAUCCUCUUGUCCGAUGGCAAGAUUGUCUACCAAGGCCCUCGAGACAACGUGCUCGAAUUUUUCGAGUCAUUAGGCUUUCGAUGCCCCGAGAGGAAAGCUGUGGCCGACUUCUUGCAAGAAGUUACGUCGAAGAAGGACCAGCCGCAAUAUUGGGCGCGCGACGAGCCGUAUAGGUUUGUGACGGUCGACAAUUUCGUUGAGGCGUUCCGGUCGUUCUACGUCGGGCAACUGCUUAAUGAAAGCGUCGCAACCCCUUACAACAAGACCCAAAGCCACCCGGCGGCAUUGACGACGAGAAAGUACGGGACUUCGGUGAUGAAGCUACUAAAAACGUGCGCUCGACGAGAGCUCUUGUUAAUGAAGCGAAACUCGUUCGUGUACUUGUUCAAGGUCGGACAAGUUACGAUGAUAGGAAUCAUAACGAUGACGCUGUUCCUGAGGACGAAUAUGCACCAUCGAGGCUUAGAGGACGGGUAUAUUUACCUCGGCGCUCUGUUCUUCGCCACGACGAUCAUUAUGUUCAAUGGAAUGCCGGAGGUUUCCAUGACGAUCUACAAGCUUCCGGUGUUUUACAAGCAGCGCGACUCGUUGUUUUUCCCGCCGUGGGUCUACGCUGUUCCAAUGUGGCUUCUCAAGAUCCCGAUUUCGGUUAUUGAGUCCGCGGCUUGGGUGUUCAUCACUUACUAUACGAUCGGAUACGAUCCAGCGCCAUCGAGAUUGUUCAAGCAGUUCCUCGUGCUUCUACUGCUGCAUCAAAUGGCGAAUGGAUUGUUUCGGCUAAUCGGAUCGAUAGGGCGGAACAUGAUCAUCGCGAACACGUUUGGUGCAUUCGCAUUGUUCAUACUUUUCGUGAUGGGCGGUGUCAUCUUGUCGCGAGAGCAAAUGAAGAAAUGGUGGAUUUGGGGUUAUUGGACAUCGCCGUUGAUGUAUGCUCAAACAGCCGUUCUUGUCAACGAGUUUCGAUCCAACAGUUGGAACCAUGUGUACGCGUACACGAAUGAGACAUUAGGGAUCACGGUCUUGAAGUCGCGGGGGUUCUUAACCGAUCCAAAAAUGUAUUGGAUAGGCGUAGGAGCGUUGAUCGGGUUCAUCGUCGUAUGGAACAUAGGUUUCGUGAUUGCUCUCACGGUUCUUGAUCCUUUUGGACAGUCUCACGCUGUAAAGCCAAUAGAGAGCGACGAUAAUGAAAAUAGGGACGGAGUAGAAAUGGCAAGUCGAGUCGGUCUGACCAUGAAGAAGAAAAAGGGAAUGGUUCUCCCGUUCGAGCCUUAUUCCAUCACCUUCGACGAAAUCAUGUACUCGGUCGACAUGCCGCAGGAGAUGAAAGACAAAGGGUUUGUCGAGGAAAAAUUGGUGCUUCUAAAGGGCGUAAGCGGGGCUUUUAGGCCGGGGGUUUUGACGGCGUUGAUGGGCGUUAGCGGAGCUGGCAAGACGACGCUGAUGGAUGUGCUAGCCGGUCGAAAAACAUCAGGAUACAUCGAUGGGAAUAUUACGAUAUCGGGAUACCCCAAGAAGCAAGAAACUUUUGCUCGAAUAUCCGGAUAUUGCGAGCAAAACGACAUCCAUUCCCCGCACGUCACCGUGCACGAAUCGCUUCUCUAUUCGGCUUGGCUACGGUUGGCUCCCGAAGUCGAUCAAAAAACCCGAGAGAUGUUUGUCGAGGAGGUCAUGGAGCUCGUCGAGCUCACGCCAUUGCGAAGCGCAUUAGUUGGCUUGCCGGGGGUGAGUGGCCUCUCGACCGAGCAACGGAAGAGGCUUACAAUUGCGGUCGAGCUCGUUGCCAACCCAUCGAUAAUUUUCAUGGACGAGCCAACCUCGGGGCUUGACGCGAGAGCGGCUGCAAUAGUGAUGCGAACGGUUAGGAACACGGUGGAUACGGGAAGAACAGUCGUCUGCACUAUACAUCAGCCGAGCAUCGACAUAUUUGAAGCGUUCGAUGAGCUGCUUUUGCUUAAACGCGGCGGAGAAGAGAUAUACGUUGGCCCCUUGGGGCGCCAUUCUUGUGAACUCAUCAAAUACUUCGAGGGCAUCGAAGGAGUGACCAAAAUCAAAGAUGGUCAUAAUCCGGCGACAUGGAUGCUCGAAGUGACUUCAUCCGCGAACGAAGUGUCCUUAGGGGUCGACUUCGCCGAGGUGUAUAGAAACUCUCCUUUAUACAGGAGAAACAAAAGUUUGAUCAGCGAGCUAAGCACGCCGAGCCCGGGCACAAAAGAUCUAUAUUUUCCUAGUCGAUACGUCCAGCCUUUCCGCAUCCAAUGCUUGGCUUGUUUGUGGAAACAAUAUUGGUCGUAUUGGCGAAAUCCCCCUUACACGGCUGUUAGAUUUCUAUUCACGACUUUUAUUGGGCUGAUAUUUGGAAGCAUGUUUUGGGAUCUUGGAUCAAAGAGGGAUGGCUUACAAGAUAUAUUAAAUUCGAUCGGUUCUAUGUACGCCUCAGUCCUCUUUCUAGGCAUCCAAAACUGCGUCUCGGUGAUGCCGGUUGUGUCUAUUGAGAGAAUGGUUUUCUACCGAGAAAAAGCAGCCGGAAUGUAUUCCUCCAUGCCCUACGCUAUCGCACAGGUUCUUAUCGAAAUUCCUUAUAUAUUUGUGCAAGGUGUGGUCUACGGCGUCAUUGUGUAUGCAAUGAUCGAUUUUCAAUGGACCGCGGCAAAGUUCUUUUGGUACGUUUUCAUUAUGUUUUUCACAUUGCUCUACUUCACCUUCUACGGCAUGAUGGCCGUCGCCAUGACUCCCAAUUACCACAUUGCUACCAUCAUGAGCGCCGCCUUGCUCAGUCUUUGGAAUCUCUUUUCCGGUUUCAUAAUUCCGCACCCGAGCAUGCCGAUAUGGUGGAGAUGGUAUUAUUGGGCUUGUCCGGUGGCGUGGACGUUGUACGGUCUAACUACGUCCCAAUUUGGAGAUGUCGAGGAGUACGUACUCCCCGGGGUGACGGUUAAGGAGUAUUUAAAAGAGUUUUUCGGGUUCAAACACGAUUUUCUUGGCCCCGUUGCCAUUGUCAUUGUCGGGUUUCCCUUGCUUUUUGUUUUCAUGUUCGGCUUCGCCAUAAAGGUUUUCAAUUUUCAAAGACGAUGACGAGGUAGAAAUAUGUAACUCUAAAUAAAAUCAGGUUUGAAAUUUGUCGUGUUCUCUUAGUAAUAGUAUUGUCGUGUGUAUAUCGAAAACAAAAUUUCUUU